CAUCGGCGACGGUGCUGUGUUGUGUUUGAUUUCAGGGUUCCCACGGUCAUGGACUAUCUGGAAAUAUAAAGGAAUUGUACAUAAAUUGUGCUUGGAAAGUAAUACAACCUUAAAAUCUCUUUACAAUGGCCGAUGAAGUUUCAGCAGAGGAUUAUCCCACUGAAAUUGAGGAAAAUCUUAAUGAUUUCGAGUCCUCCGUGAGCUCAGUCCAGAAUGUGGUCCAAACCCUUGUGUCUGUCUCUAGAAGUGAUCGCCUGCUUAAGCUGGAUCAUCUUGAUCAAGCUAAAUUAGAUCUGAUGUCUGCAUAUGCCCUCAACUCAAUGUUCUGGAUGUAUUUGGUGACGCAAGGAGUCAAUCCGAAAGACCAUGGGAUUAAACAAGAAUUGGAGAGAAUCAGGACAUACAUGAACAAAGUGAAGGAGAUCACAGACAAAAGAAAAGCUGCACGUUUGGACAAAGGCGCUGCAUCGCGGUUUGUUCGGAAUGCACUGUGGGAUGCAGAGGAGAAGAAAAGAAUGGACACAACUGAACAUUCCCAUAGAGGAAAACACAAGAGAUUCACUUGAUUUGAGUUUUUAUUUUGCAUGCCUUGUCACAAAUGUUCUUGCACACUUUAGAUUAUACAAAACAAAUGUCAUGUCAUUGCACUGACAAACUGCACUGGAAGCUCAGUGUUAACCUUGUGAAUGCCCACGCUGCCAUGUUGCUCAUAUAGUACAUGUUCGAAGCAGUGUCAUUCUUUCAAAAGGUUGACCUAUUUCAAACUAAGGAAGACAGUUACACAUAAAUAUGUCUUUCCAGAUUUUUGUACAAUUUGCUUUAUUUUGAUUGUUUCCACUUGCAUUUAAAAAGCUGUUAUUUUUUACACUGGGCUUUUAUAAUAUGAUGUUAUAUGUGAACCAUCCAUAUUACCAGUUGCAUUAAAAUUGUAAAGCCAUUUGGAAGCAUACUUGACUUAAUUUGUUUCAGCAGUGUCUAGAUUCAGUAACUUGGCUGUACCUAGAAUGAAUGUUAUUCUUAACACAUUAUUCCCUUGUUUUCUGUUAUAAGGCUAUAAAAGGGACAGUAUUCCACUCUAUUUAAAGAAUAAUGAUGAUUUGACCAUGUCUUCUGGUAAAAAUGUUUUUUUUUUUUGGAUAAUAUCUGAUGCUGAGGGCUUCCCAUAGACUUGCAUAAGAAAAGGGUAAAAUCUUGUCUGAUACCGGUGUCCCAAAAUGCUAUGAAUACCUGGAUACUUCAACCUAAGUUUGGAAUAUUGGACACUUGAUGCACUUACAUUGCAUCCGGAAAGUAUUCACAGCGCUUCACUUUUUCCACAUUUUGUUAUGUUACAGCCUUAUUCCAAAAUUUAUUAAAUUCAUUAUUUUCCUCAAAAUUCUACAAACAAUACCCCAUAAUGACAACAUGAAAGAAGUUUGUCUGAA